GAUUUAUCUAAAAAACCAGCCUUGAUUCUCAGCUCAAGUAUUUUCACUGAUGUUGUAGGCCUCACCAAGUCACUGGGACUCGGGUCAGGAGGUGACUGGUUCGGGACAAGACAAUGCGAGAAGAGGACUCCUCCCCGAUGGACAGUGCUGGGAACAGCGAGGAGGAGACUGAGCGUCUAGUGCCGCGCAGAGGCGCGAGGAAGCGACGCGCAACGCGCCGAGCCUCGACCGUGGACGAAGACGAGGAGGUGGAAGCGGAGCGAUCGAGUUUGGUGAAAAAGACGCGCCGAAAAAGCUGUGACGUGGGCGGAGGGAGCGCAGGGAGCGGCGGCAGCGAAGCCAGCAGCAGCCCGACGCGCUCCAUCGAAGACCUGCAGACCCAGCGCGUCAUGGCCAACAUCCGCGAGCGCCAGCGGACGCAGUCGCUCAACGAAGCCUUCACGUCCUUGCGGAAGAUCAUCCCCACUCUGCCGUCAGACAAGCUCAGCAAGAUCCAGACGCUCAAGCUGGCGGCCAGAUACAUUGACUUCCUGUGCCAAGUUCUGCAAAGUGACGAGCUGGACGCCAAAGGAGCCAGUUGCAGCUACGUGGCGCACGAACGCCUGAGUUACGCGUUCUCCGUGUGGAGGAUGGGGGGCGCCUGGUCCUUAUCCACGACAUCCCACUAGCAGGGCUGGUCCCGAUGAUCCAUCACGCAGAUCGUCACGAACAAGCGGAGCAGCCACCUACUCAAGAUUGGAACACACCAAGUUCAGGCCUUGACCAGCUGCUGGGCUUCACAUUCCCUUUGCAUGGGACUGUUAUGUUUGCAAGGGAGCACUUAAAGGACAGAACGGAUAUGAAGAGAGACCACUGCGACUAUGAAUGUUGUGAAAACAAAACCAUCUCCGCGGAACUGCACUGUUUUGAAAGGCAAGAGAAGAACUACAACUCAUUUCACAUUCCUCCGUGACAAUCUCAGACUUGCAGUAAAUGAAGUAUUUAUUCUUUUCUACUAUUCGAAAGAAGCAGUGUGCCCACUCAGAUGAAGGGUAUUUAUUUCUCGGGAAUACCACAGGAUGCUGAAGGAAU